AACAUUUGCACCGAGCAGCCAUUUCAAGCACAUCCCGCACAAUGGCACCCCGCAGGAAGCGACAACGUCUCUCGGAAGACGGCGCCGAAGCCGUCACCGCUGUUGCUACUCCUACCGCCGACGUCGAGAAGCCCACUAAGGCCCGCGACACAGUCCCCAACGGCAAGGAAAAUGCGCGCCGACAGCUCUUCGUGCGUGGGCUCGCAGCCACAGUCAGCACCCAAGACCUCACCGACUACUUCUCAGAAUCAUACCCUAUCAAGCACGCGCUCGUGGUGCUCGACAAGGAGAGCAAGGAAUCAAAGGGCUACGGCUUCGUCACCUUCGCCGACGUCGAGGAUGCGCAGCGGGCACGUGAGGAGCUCAACAACACCAAGCUCAAGGGCAAGAAGAUCAGCAUCGAGGGCGCCGAGGCCCGGCAGCGCGAGGGCGAGCCGGACCGGGUCAAGGUCGGCGACCGCAUCAAGGCCGAGCGCGAGCAGGCCAAGAAGGACAACCAGACGCCCAAGCUGAUCAUCCGCAACCUGCCGUGGAGCAUCGAAUCGCCCGAGCAGCUGCAGAAGCACUUCCGCAGCUACGGCAAGGUCAACUUCAUCAACCUGCCCAAGAAGCCGUCGGGCGAGCUGCGCGGCUUUGCCUUUGUGUCGCUGCGCGGGCGCAAGAACGCCGAGAAGGCCAUACUGGAGCUCAAUGGCAAGGAGAUUGACGGGCGCCAGAUCGCUGUCGACUGGGCCGUCGACAGAGAUGCUUGGCAGACGCAGCAGAAGACGGAGCGGGGGGGCGACGACUCCGACGAGGACAUGGAGGACGCCGAGAGCUCCGUCGUCAGCUCCGACGAGGAUGAGGAUGACGAUGACGAUGAGGACGCCAGCGACGACGAGCAGGACGACGACGACAGCAACGCCGACUACGAAGACGUCUCGGACAGCGACGGCGACGGCGGCAUCGAGCUCGACGACGAGCCCAAGCCCAAGCGCGAGGAGUACACCGUCUUCGUCCGCAACCUGCCCUUCACCGUCGACGACGAGAGCCUCAUGGAGCACUUCAAGCAAUUCGGCGGCGUCCGCUUCGCCCGCGUUGUCCUCGACCGCGACACGGAACGCCCCAAGGGCACCGGCUUCGUCUCCUUCUUCAGCGAGGAGGACAUGAUCAGCUGUCUGCGCGGCAUCCCCCGCACCACGCUCAAGACAAAGACCACCGACCGCAAAGACGGCACCACUGUCACCGUCACCCACUCGGUCCUCGAAGACGACGAGCAAGACCCCUCAGGCAAAUACACAAUCGACGGCCGCGUCCUACAGCUCAGCCGCGCCGUCGACAAAAACGAAGCCACACGCCUCACCACCGAAAACGCCACCACCCGCUUCAACCGCGACAAAGACAAGCGCCGUCUGUACCUCCUCUCCGAAGGCACAAUCGCCUCCAACGCGCCCCUGUACCAGCAGCUCUCCCCCUCGGAGAUCAAAAUGCGCGAAGAAAGCGCAACCCUCCGCCGCAAACAAAUCCAAGAAAACCCCUCCCUCCACCUCAGCCUCACCCGCCUUUCCAUCCGCAACGUCCCCCGUAGCAUCACCUCCAAAGACCUCAAGCAGCUCGCGCGCCAGGCCGUCGUCGGCUUCGCCGCAGACGUAAAAGCAGGCAAGCGCUCGAAACUCAACCGCGAGGAAACUAUCCGCGGCGGCGAAGCUAUGCUUGUUGCGGAGAAGAUGCGCAAAAAGCGCGGCGUGGGUAUCGUUAAGCAGGCUAAAGUCGUCUUUGAGACGCCCGCGGGUAGUAAAGUCGCGGAAGAUACCGGCGCGGGACGGAGUCGUGGGUAUGGGUUUAUAGAGUACUAUACGCAUCGUAAUGCGCUGAUGGGGCUGCGCUGGCUUAAUGGGCAUGCGGUUGAUUAUAAGGUUAAGGGCGAGACGCCGAAGAGUAAGAAGGCGGCUAAGGAGGCGUUGGAGGAUAAGCGCAAGAGGCUUAUUGCGGAGUUUGCGAUUGAGAAUGCGAAUGUUGUCUCGAGACGCUCGGAUAGGGAGGAUAAGGAUAGGCUGCCGCAGGUUGCUAAGCCGGAGGGUGAGCAGGUGGAGAAGACGGCGAAGACUGCGACGAAGGGAGGGAAGGGCAUGAAGCGUAAACGUGACGCUUCGAAGGAUACACCGACGUCGCAGAAGGAUAAACUCGCGACGAAGACCAAUGCUACGGAAACGGAGAUGGAUAAGGGCAAACUCGCGCAACGUACGCGUAUCAUUGCGAAGAAGAGACAGGCGCGUAAGGCGAAGAAGGGGGGGCGGUAGAGUGUGUAGUGUUGUGUGGUUUAGUCUGGUCUAUUCACUAUACAUGUAUGUACAUUUGUAUGCAAGUAUCAAACGUUCAGCA